AGGGCAGAAUCUGGGAGAUAGGAGAGUAGUGACUCAGUCAUAUCUUGAUACUCUUGCUCUGUUAAUUUGGAAAAUUGUGACAACUACUAAUUUGUUGGGAUAUCUCAAGGCAGGUUCUGUUCCAGUGCUAAAAGCAAGGGCAUCCCCAAGCCCUUUUAAGUCGUCAUUGUAGUUAUCAUUUAUUACCUGCCCUUCACCCAAAGGUCCUGGGAUGGGUUGCAACAAUUUUAAAAUACGGCAUUAAAAAUAAUUUUAAAACAACAUAAGAUCCCAAAAUAGGGCGAGUCCUAAAAAUAUAAGUCUCAGGUGUCAAAAGCCAGGAUAAAAAGGUGGGUCUUCAGCAUUCACCUAAAACCGUACAGUGAAGUUGCCAGGUGAACUAUCUGCUGAUCUCAACUCUUGAGAGGGUCUGUAGGGAAGGAGAUGGUCUUCAAAUGGCUUACAUGGUGACUUCCUGGGUUCCAGGUUAAAGCGGGGACAGGAAUUCCUGAAAGCACAUCACGGUAUAUUUUUUUAAAAGUGUAGCCAUCCUGCAUUAAAGGUGAAGCAGAUGUAUGACUAUAGGGACAGGAAACUGUGAACUAGAAGGGAAAUAAAAGUGCUAGGAUAUGUAGGAGAAAACAAACACACACAUUUUUGGGGAAGCAGAAUAUCAUUAAGGGCAUCAGAGGGAACAACGAGAUUAAUUGCCCAAGACAGAAUGACAGUCCUCAAAGUGGAAAAACAGUGUCCAGAUCAAAACAACAGAGUAAUGAUUGAAAAUAACUGUGGAACAACAAUUCCCAGCCUGAAAAAUCUGUCCAGGGGAAUGAAAUUUGAAUGACAGCGUCCAUUGUGGAAUAACAAUGGAAUGGUGGUAUGUGGAGUAGAAAGACUGCUCCUAGGAUAAAUGGACAUUGAAAUUAACACUGUCAGGAACAGAAUGUUAGUUCUCAGAGUGGAAUGACAUAGUCAGGAGUGAGAUAAUAGUAGAUUGGCCACAGGACACCCAGAGGGCCCUGCCCACCGAACUGUUGAGCCACGGAGAGUGAACCACUGUCCACCACUAUACUUUCACCAUAAACACGUCCUGAUAACAAAGUAGUAUCAUUCUUCCACUCCCCCACAUUUGGUAUUUCAGAAGAAAAAGUCUCCAACACAUUUCUUUUCUGAAUUACCCCCCAUUUGCUUCUCUUUCAGUUUUAACACAAGCAUUAUUUACAUUUCCCAGUUUAAAAAAAAACAGUUUGUGUUCCUUGACUCUCCGUGGAGGCAUUGCCCCACCAACCUCAGCCUGCCCUCAGCUAACCUUCCUGUCUUCCCACUCACAUCCGGGGGGUGGGUGGCUGUCAGCUUCCUCCUACUAAGCCUCUGUGUUGCCCUUGUAGAACUCAGCAGGGGCAAAGCCGGCAUGAGUGGGCUCUGCCUGUCAUGAGCUGUGGCUCCACUGACUGUUUGGGCUCUCUGCCUUCUGCCCUACCAGUCCCAAUGGGCACCCACCACCACUGCUGCCUCUACAUUUGGGGACCCUGGUUUGGAGACAUUACCAUAGCCAAGUAGUCUCCUAACAGAAUAUUUCUGUGCAAGCAAACUUUGUUGCGGUCAUACCAACAUAGGAAGUGUCCUUAUACCCAGUCAGACCAUUGGUCCAUCUAGCUCAGAACUGGCCACAGGCAAGGAGUCUCUCUCAGCCCUACCUGGAGAUACCGGGGCGGGGCUGAUGCUCUACCACUGAGGAACUUACAGCUUGCAGCUUGAUAUGGAGAGCCAGAGAACCUCAGUCCUCCACCGGGUGGUUAAUUUUGCCCCUGAUCCACUCCCUGCUAGGCAGUAUGACAGAGAGACCACUGAGCCAAUCAGCUUCUACCUCUUGGGUUUGGAAGAGCUGCUUGCCUGGAAACCCACAAGCGAUGAUGCUUUCAACGUGUCCACAGAGCUGUUGGCCAAGCGGCAGCCUUCCCUCAACAGCCGUAGGCCCCGCACGCUGGUGUGCCAUGACAUGAAGGGGGGCUACCUUGAAGACAGGUUCAUCCAAGGCGCAUUGGUACGUAACCCCUAUGUGUUCUACCACUGGCGCUACAUUGACAUCUUUGUGUACUUCAGUCAUCACACGGUCACCAUUCCACCUGUGGUCUGGACUAAUGCUGCUCACCGCAAUGGUGUCCUCAUGCUGGGGACGUUCAUCACAGAGUGGACAGAUGGUGCAAAGAUGUGCGAGUCAUUUUUGGCAGGCGAGGAGGAAGCGUACCGUGCUGUCGCCGAGCAGCUGGCUGCGAUCGCGCAGUUCUAUUGUUUUGAUGGCUGGCUGGUCAACAUUGAGAACUCUUUGAGUGUGUCGGCAGCCCACAACAUGCCUCACUUCUUGCGCUAUCUGACGGCCCAGGUGCACAGAGCUGUGCCGGGAGGACAGGUGGUGUGGUACGACAGCGUCCUGCAAAGCGGAGAGCUCAGGUGGCAGAAUGAGCUUAACGAGAAGAACCGGGUUUACUUUGAUGCUUGCGACGGCUUCUUUACGAACUAUAACUGGAAGGAGGAACAUCUGCUGCGGACAAGAGAGACGGCUGACGAUCGUCGGACUGACAUCUAUGUAGGGGUGGAUGUGUUCGGCCGGGGUGAAGUUGUGAGCAGCGGCUUCGACACUAACAAGUCACUGCGCAUGAUUCGGAAGCAGGGCCUUUCAGUGGCCAUCUUUGCACCUGGCUGGGUAUAUGAGCACUUGGGCCCAACAGACUUCCUGAACAAUGAGGACAAAUUCUGGGCCCUGCUGUCUGAACUUCUGCCCACUCAUAGCGUUGGCUCCCUCCCCUUCUGCACCUCCUUCAGCCUGGGGAUGGGUAAGAGGCACUUCAGCAAUGGGCAGGAGAGGAGGACCGAGCCGUGGUACAACCUGAGUGCUCAGGAGAUCCAGCCGAUGUAUGCUGAGCGCAGGAUGUUGAGCGGCGGCUGGCUACGGACCCGGAGCUGCCUGCAGGAUGCCUGGUGCGGAGGGAAUUCUCUGCUGCUGGAAGGGGUCAUCCCGCUCAAUGCUAAUCAUGUCACAGUGAGGCUGUUUUCAUUCCAGAUGCCGGCCCCCCCUCGAUUGUUCCUGGUCUUCAUUUAUAAACCCGAGGCCUCCUUCCAAGCACUCACCUUUGCACCGGAAUUCACUACUCGGGAGUCGCGUUCCUGUCUCUCCAGCAGUGAGCCUGCUUUGCCAGCAGGACCAAGAUCACAUAAGCCCACCCUGCUCCGUGCACCUCCUCCCCACCUUGCCCAGUUGCUGAAAGAGAAUGGACCACAUGGGGAACGUGGCUGGCAAAGCCGAUGCUAUGAGCUGGAGCUCCAGAAUUGCUUCCUGGAUGAACUUUCAGUUACUGUGUCCAGUCGCCAGUCUGGCCAAAGCAAGGUGCCCUUUGCUUGCCGCCUGGGCAAGGUCUGGGUGCUGGAUGGUGCUGCUGUGCACUUGCUGUCACCAGCUGAUGCUGUUAGUCCAAUGUCACCCAUGGACGUUUCCCAUGUUCGUUGGCAACGGGCUUCAUCUGGGCAGCUCUCUCUUAGUCUCACUUUGCGCUGGACCUACCCUCCUAGCAAGGCCACUUGCUUCCACGUGCACUAUCGGAGCAGGCCAUGCGCCACUGGUCCUGACCGUCCUCUGCUCCAGAUUGGGGAAGCACAUGCCUCCCUGUACCGCGUGACUGAGCUAACAGUGCCUGAUGCUUCUUCUGAGUCUUCUUGCCAUUUGGAAUUCCUUGUGGAACCAGUGGCUGAUGAUGGGGUCAGGGUAGACACUGCGAUGUGGGGGAAAUUGGUCUUUGUGUACUCUGAUCCAAAGCUACCUAGUACUGACCCCAGUGCCUGAAGAAGCCCACUCAAUCUACCUUUGGAUCUUGGUGGGUAAGGCCCUUCCCUGUCCCAGACUUGUGAGUAUUAGGCACUUUAUAAAAUAGGGAGAAGGCUUUUAUUUGUGGCACUGACACUUGCACACUCAAGCCUCUGAAAUGCAAGCAGAGGCAUUCAGUAUCCAAAGAUAAUUUUUCAUUGGGUGAACACUUUAACGGAGUAGUUAUACCCCAGAAAAAGAAAGUCUUUUAGGGAGAUACAUCCUCACAAAACAGUUCAGCACUGUACCUUAUCAAGACAUAACAUACGUUUGAAACAACUUUUAAAAUUAUUUUUAAAAUCUAUUAAAGACAAUGUUAUAAAUAGGAACCUGUCAUUAAGGUGGAAACAACUUUAAUCAAAGCUCUACUGGUAAUGAAGUACAUAUUUUAUCAUUUUUACAAACUGAUUAAAAGAUCUAGGUAAAGCCGUCAGUUCUCGUCACCAACAUGUCUCAUGCAGAAUUUAACAGAAAGGCUGUAGCUUAUGAAGCUUUUGAGACCAAAUCACAAAUCUUUCUUUUGCCCGGAGAAAAUCUAUGUUAAGAUAUAUUGUUAUAAUUAAAAUUUCUUGGCAAAUAAGAAAUUUAGCAUAAGUUGAAUAGGAAAAAAUGUAUUGGGCACUUAACUAAGUAAGCUGAAGACUUGUGAAGGUCUUUUGGAUGAAGAGCUCCAAAAAGCAUAGCCUUUAAGAAAGGAAAAUGAACUGCUGAUGAAACAUGUAUUGCUGAUUAUUCUUCUAAUACGGGAAGAGAGAACUGUGAGGUGUUUUAGUACCUAGUGAAUUUCUGCUUGCUCCUUCAGGCUGAAAAAUGGAUUAUUUGCUCUACUUGAAUAGAUUUCAUUCUAUUUGUUGCAGGGGUGAGGCUGUCCUGGGACCAUCCAGGGUCAAGCUUUGCCACCUGCCUUGCCCCCUCACCCCUGCUCUCUGUGACAUCUUUUUGGGGACUGCUUUUUGCCAGGAAGAUGAAUGCAUUUGGCUUUUAGGUGUUUCCCCCCCCCCCAAAUGUUAGGUUUUCAUUGUCUUAAAUUUUUGUAAUUUAUAUCUGUUUCCUUACUUGUAUUUUGUAUUUGUUUUUAUGAGUUGUCCUGGGGGCCUUUUUGGCCAAAAGGCAGCACAGAAAUAAACUAUAACAUGCUAAGGAAGACGUGCAAGUCAAAUCUGUCUAUGGCGGAGGAACUGUUUGUGUACAAAUACAUUGAUGAUGAUUUACAUUAACACUUUGUGUUUGGUAGAAUGAUAAAAUGUGUACUUCUUUGCUCCUGCAUCAAUAGAACUCUGAGUUGAUUAUAACCAUAAACUGUUUUAGUAAUUAGUGACACAAAACUAUUUGCAACACAGUUAUUUGUGUUUAAUUUUAAAGGAUGUUUUAAUAGUAUGUUGCAACCUCUAAUGAACUCUCCCUGUACAAUUUUGAACCCCAACUCCUGAAUAAAGUACAAUUAUCAUGUACCACCAGAAGUGCCUUGUGGUAGCAGCAAGUGAUUUACCCCGAUUUCUGGGAUUCAGCAACCAGCCAUGAAGAUUGAAAGAAGAAAUAAUAUUUUUUUGCACUAUGGUGGUGAUGGAGAUUAUUUUUAUUCCCCUAUCCUGUCAAUUAAGGAUUGCAGGAAAGGACUGCUGGUGCUACCGAUUGGGUAACUGAGACAGAGAUUGCCAGAAAUGGAUGACGUAAGGGAUAAAAGGAAAGCAAAGAGUUCUGAAUAUGUCUAGUUUUAGAAUUACCGCAAAAUAUUAAGGUCCAUCAGUCAUAACUGAAAUACUGGAUAAUCGCAAUGUUUAUUUCCACACUAAAUUUCUGCUUUCGUCUAAAAUUUAUUCUACUAUGUUUUAAAGAGUAAAUAUAAUUCAGGAGUUUCCUACUUUUCCCCCCAGCUACUAAUAAAUUCACAAAAGAAAA